CAUUCCAGGUUGAUCCCUAACACACCCUAGGGUGGGAGGUGGUGAAUUGCUAUCAUUCCUUAAAAGGCAUCUCCAAAACAAGCCUACCAUCCCAUGACCCCCCAGCCCUACUCACAGCCUUCCGCAGAUCUCCUGCGAUGUCUUUUACUUCCAGCAUCUUCCAUGAACAAUUCCACCAAGGACAAAAACAGAUAUACACAUGUGGACAAAUGGAAACACUGGCUGCAUACAUGAAGUUUGUGAAAGCCUACAUGUCUGUUGCCUUCACUCUGUGACUGAGACACUACAGAGAGGAAGACACAGGUUGAGUAGGGCUGGAAGAGAGAAGGGCAAGAGGAGGGAAGGAUGGCCUGGGGGUGUUGGGAGGAAAAGGGGCGCAUCCCUUUGGGUCAAGAGGUCCUUGGAGACAACGGCUGAGCAGAUCACAAGGGGCAGGAACCAGACAAAACAGUUUGGAUGAGAGCUUUCUGUCCCUGCUCUCUGGCACAGCACUUUGGUGCCCAGCCCUGUCUCCUCCUGGCCCCUCUCCUUUCCCCUCCCUCUUCUAACCUGACCCCGCCUCCGGCUCAGUUCCUCCCUCCCAGGGAAGUCCCUACUGGCAAAGCUGCUUUCACUUUCCCUUCCCCCUAGCUCCUGUCUCGCUGCUCGUUCUAGUCCUUAACCCCCCUGCAAUGGCCAACCUCAGUGUUAAACCUGAAGCCCAAGCCAAGGUGGAUUUUUUCAGGACGGAGUUAUGUACUCAGGCAGAGAUCCUACUUGCAACCUAUUUCCCUGCGAAGAUUUCAGAGCUGGAUGAGUUCUUGAAGGACCCAUCUCUGAAUGAAGCUGAUUUGAGUCUCCUAAAGGCUCCCUUGGACAUCCCAGUCCCUGACCCAGCCAAAGAAAAAGAGAAGGAAGAACGUCGGAAACAAGAAGAGAAGGAUGAUAAGGAUGGAAAGAAAAAAGAGGAAGAUGAAGAUAAAGGUCCUCCUUGUGGGCCUGUAAACUGCAAUGAGAAGAUUGUGUCCCUUAUAUCUCGGUUGAAGCCUGAGAUCAAAGAUGUGAAAGAACAGCUCAACCUGGUUUCCAUGUGGCUGCAGCUACAAGUGCCCCGUAUUGAGGAUGGAAACAACUUUGGAGUAGCUGUCCAGGAGAAGGUAUUUGAGCUGAUGACUACACUACGAACUAAGUUGGAUGGCUUCCACACCCAGAUUUCAAAAUACUUCUCUGAAAGGGGUGAUGCAGUGGCUAAAGCAGCAAAGCAGCCACAUGUGGGUGACUACCGACAGCUGGUUCAUGAACUGGAUGAAGCACAGUAUGGAGAGACAAGACUGAUGGUCAUGGAGAUCCGAAAUACUUAUGCUGUAUUAUAUGACAUCAUCCUGAAGAACUUUGAGAAGAUCAAGAAGCCCAGGGGAGACACAAAAGGAAUGAUCUACUGAAAAACAGAGCCAGCCUGCCUGCCUUCUCCAUUGCUCCUUAACUAGGAUUAUCUGUCUUGCCACAGACCAGUUUCCAUUUAGAACUACCCUUCUUAUCCAUACCUUGCCUUCUGGGCACCAAUAAAUUUUGUCACAUCA